CUGCUGCCUGGCAAAGCUUUCCUCUUGCCCCCCCUAACCGCUCCGACUCACACUAACACUCUGUCUUAUUACUUGUGUAAAGAAUCCAGUUCUACUCGGGUUCUUUAGGGACCCGCUUGGCAUCCUGUCAGCUUUGAUCAGCGUUCCUUUUAUCCGCUACAAAUACGACAAAGAGACAAUGUUUUAUUCAUGGGAAAAUAUUUGAUUUUGCAGCAACACCUUGUCUUUGUACUUUCACUGAGUUUGGGGUUGUUUUCUACUGUAGGUGGCAAAGCUUUCGUGAUCCAAAAAGCGCAGCAGGAACACAGACUAGAGGAGGUGAACAAGGAGUUCCUUAGAGAUGAAAAAUACAAGGAUGAUGAGGACCUGGAUAAAAAACUAUUGUCCUUUAAAAAAAAGUACAUGGAAUUUGACCUUAACCAGCAAGGAGAGCUGGACAUGAUGGGCCUGAAGAAAAUGAUGGAGAACCUGGGAGCUGCCAAGACCCAUUUAGAAGUGAAGAAACUGAUAUACGAGGUGACAGGGGGCAAAAACGACGCAAUCACCUACCGGGAUUUCGUAACCAUGAUGCUGGGAAAGCGUUCGGCCGUGAUGAAAUUCAUCAUGCUGUUCGAGGGAAAAAAUGAAGUCACGUGUCCCAAGCCCAAGGGUCCACCACCGAAAAGAGACAUCAGCAGCCUUCCCUAAGGGACAGCAGCCAAGUGACAGCCAGCGAGAUCUACUUACCUGCCUACACAAAGCCAAGUGUUACGGACACACUCCUGUAUACCCAUGUGCCUUAGUGGGGUUGUGAAUUCAGCCUUCUACUCAUCUUGCCUCUUCUUCAUCUCUGUGUCACGUGACCACCUUGUUUGCUUGGGAAUCACAUAGAAGUCUUAUUUAUUAUUGGGUGCAAUCGUUGGGGGAGCAUUAGGCUGGGCAGGGGAAUCAUUUAGGCUUGGGAUGAAUGUAGCCUGAAUGUGCUGCCCCCUAGUGUCUCUGCUUAUCUAACACAUGCUCUUUUUAUUUUCUGCCCAAUUAGAGCGUGAGUUGUUUGGAGCCUGUAAUGAGCCAUUGUAUAGCCUGAAACUCUAUAUAUAAAAUCUCCCUCCCUCCUGCCCUGUUGGCUUUUAUAAGAAAAAUCAGAUUUUUUGGGGGGGUUUGAAACGUUUCUGAUAUAUUUUUACCUCUGUAUAUUUUGUAAAGACUUGUGUAUACAAUCAGAAGCGCGCGUUUUUAUUUUCCGGGACUAAAUGACGCCAAGCUGCGUUAAACGAUGUGUAUGAUUUAACAAAGGGAAACAUUAAAUACGUUAGACUCAAA